UAAGCUGCACCGUAUCCCAUCCCGUCGCCAUAUCCGUGUCGAUGCUUACCGAUGUGGUUUCGAUGUCGUGUGCUUGUCUCUGUGAAUGAAGUUCUUUUGAACCAGUUUGUUAUUUGAUCAUCCAUUUACACACAGCAGUAACUUAAACAUAUUAUUGUUCACUCUCAAUUAUUGUGGAGUCAAGACAAGAAUAGGAGCAGCAGUCUAGACUAGAGUAGAGCUAGACCUCGGCCUCAAUCAACUCAACUUGUCAACGGUUUAAGCGAAUCACACACACAAGCUGUCACGUCACUGACACAACAAUGCACUGCUGCUGUCUCACACUCACCGGACUGGUAACAUUUUCAAAAAAAUCUUAGUCUGACCUGGUCAUAGUCACUCACCAGUUUAGAGUCAGGCAAGAAGUUGGUGAACACGUGUCGGCGGCCCUAGCCUAGACCAGGACGAAUGUCCAACGACAAAAUGUUAACUAACAGAAUUUAUUUAGAAAAAAAAAAUAGUUGCUCGCUCAGACACUGUCCUGGAGGAAGGUGCAUCUUCAAUUCAAAGCAAAAUUAGAAAAUACUUAACAUUAUUAGGACUAGGAGACAGAACCCUGUUAUUUUGGUUUAAUUGAGUCUAACAAUGUUAAUUGUUAGAAUUAAAGUCUGUGCUGAAAGCGAUCGCAGCUUGACUGAGUUUUUUUUCUUUUUAUGAAAUCUUGUGUCUCGCAACCUUGCCUGUUCCAGCCCAGAUCACAGACUCCACAGACAUGAUGGAUGUGCUAACGUAACUUGGAAGAAUUCACACGGCAUUAAUACUCCGUUAAAAUGGAAGUGGAACAACAGUGGGAUGCAAGGGAACAGAUCUUUCAUGAUGCCGUUAGAGAAUAUUUGAUUGACUUUUUGUUUUUUACUAUAUUGUACCUGUCAUCAUAUGCUGUAAUAUGCCGAUACAAGAGACGGACGGACAAAGAGGAUUUGUACUCGGCUGAUGCGGAGGAUGCAAUGGUAUACAGCAUUGCAUUAUGGCUUUGUACCUUCACAAUGGCUGUAUCAGUAGGGGCUGUUCUACUACUUCCUCUCUCUAUCAUCAGUAAUGAGGUUCUCCUCUGGUAUCCUAAGAGUUUCUACAUCCAAUGGCUCAAUGGUUCCCUCAUUCAUGGUCUCUGGAACUUGAUUUUCCUGUUUUCCAACUUGUGUCUUUUCGUGCUUCUGCCAUUUGCAUACUUUUUCACGGAAUCUGAGGGAUUUCCUGGCUCUAAAAAGGGCAUCAGAGGUCGAGUAUAUGAGACAUUCAUGGUGUUACUAAUGCUGAGUAUCCUAGUCUUUGGUCUUGUAUGGGUGUUUAGUGCAUUAUUGGAUGAUACAGACUCCAGCAGGGAAACAUUACAAAGAGUUUCAACAUCAUAUGUCCCCUAUUUGUAUUCAUGUAUGGCUCUGUUGGGAGUUCUAAUGUUACUCAUUUCAACACCGUUGGGAUUUACACGAUUAUUCUCUGUGAUCGGUAAACUGGUUGUGAAACCACAAUUUAUGGAAAACAUCGAUGAAGAGUUCCACACAGCAAAGUUUGAGGAAGAAGACAUUUUAAGAAAAAUAGAAGUGGACCAAGAUUUAGCGAACGGUCAUCUCUCACAGCUACGAGAGCGUCUUUCGGAUGUCACACAUGAGCGGAAGAUCCUGGAGCGAAGACGUAGAGCAUCUUCUUUCCAGCGCAUUGUUGGAUAUCCUCUGGUUUGGAUCUUGUUGUUCCUACUCACUGUACUCUCUUUGUGCAUGGUAGGAUGGAAUAUUGUAAGAUUAUUGUUUGGGAUUGGAGCCUUGCCUGUCAACAUCACGGAGGCCGGUCUUGGGAAAGUGUCUUUGUCAAAGUUUGGUGCUUUAGGAGCACUGCUUGAAGUCUGUCUUAUUUUUUAUCUAAUGCUUGCUUCUAUGGUAGGUCUCUAUGGUAUUUCCGUCUUCAAAACACUUGUUCCUAAGAGGAGAGAUACGCCCAUGACUAAGCUUAUUGCAAACUGCCUUGUAGUACUUAUCUUGAGCUCAGCUCUGCCAGUCUUAUCCAAAAUGCUUGGUAUAACAAAUUUUGACCUCCUCGGAGAGUACGGAAGAUUGAACUCACUCCACAAUUUUUACAUGGUGUUGGCCUACAAUGCAACGUUUGGCGUGGCGACAUCGUCUUGCCUCGUUAACAAGUUCACUGCAUCAGUACGGAAUUACAUUGUAAACAACGUGCGAGUGUAUGUCCACAAGAUGCGCAGGACCACAAAACUGCGGCCGGCAUGGAAAGCGGUCAAUGUCGUUGCGACGGCAAAUGGGACUGCAACGGGAAGCAAGAAUGACUGAAUGGAAACCAAGAUGCAGUAUCUAUCUUCUGCACAGUUUUGUUCUUUAUGGCACUUUUCAGGAUGUGAAAUGUCUUUACCAGUGGAGGUUCUAGAUCUUGAUAACCACAUGUAGGUGUGUAAUUAGCUACCUGAAGAGACUAUGCUUUAGGAGGAAUUACUAAUUGACCUGCAUGUUGGACAAAGUGAUGUGUACACAUAGGCUGAAAGCAGAUAACAGACUGUCACAUCCAUUGCUGCAUUGUUCAUGUUUCUUGGUUUUUAUUGUGUUGUUUUCCUCAAUGUGUGUGAUUUUGAUGAAAAUUGUGAUCAUUAUUGUUGCCAAAGUAUGUCUUUAUCAAUUUAUUUUCAAUAGAAUAGGUGCUGGGGAUUGUAUUUCUAUUUUAAAAAUUAUUAUCUUGGUACAGGUCAUAUCAACAUUUUUUUUGCAAGACAAAUAGCAGUGAUCUAUUUAUCUAUCAGAAACCAAAUGCAAGGAUACAUCUUGAAUUCUUAUACGUAAAGAAGUAUAAAAAUGUAGGAAUUAAUUUGAUGAAUUGACCAAUUAAACAUAAGACCACCACUGCUUUAAACAAAGAGUCAAAUUCAUAUCUUUGUGAAUUUGGACCAAUGUUGAUGCAAUUUUGUGUGAGAUAACUUCUUUUUUUAGAUGAAAUCGAACAAGAUUAGUUCUAAUAUGGAAAUAUGAUUUCAAUGAAAAAUAUUUGUUCUAUUAAUGUGAAAAAAAACCCAUCACAAUUGUGUUUUUAUUGACAUAAAGUCACCCCCAAAAUUAAAUUUGUUUUAUUUGAAGAUAACCUAAUAUCAACCCAAGGGUCAAACACAUGAUAUGACAUAAUUUGAACCUAUUGGUUAAAUGUAACACAUCAUGCAUGUUAAAACUUUGGAACUCACACAGUUAGGUAAAUACCAUAUUGUGUACACAUACAUAUAUUUCUAAACAUAACACACCUUUGUGCAAUGCAUGUUUCAACUCCUAAGAGUUAUAUUUAGCCCAUGGGUUAAAAUUAAGCGACUUUGGCACUAAUAUCAACCUGUUAUUGUUCAACAAAGACUUCAUUGGCUACAAUGUGUUUAUUUCCAGAGAACUGUCGUCUUAUGUUCAUUUACACCCAGUGUUUGAUUAGUUUUAAUCACCCAAUAUUUUUUUUGCGUUCAUUUGAAAUAGUAUCAAAUGUUAUACACUCUCCUAUAGGUAAAAUAGACAAUCGUAAUGAUCAACAAAAUACUGGAUGAUAAUUAGACUGGUAAAUACCAGUCCCAUCUUGCCAUUAUCAGUUUUGUUAAAUAUUGUGUUAUUAUGUGUUGUGUGAAAGUGUAUUAAGAUGGAAAUGAAUUUGACAAGGUUUUGUUUUCUAAUGUUUAUUUGAUAUUUUGUAGUGGAGGUAAAGCAUUUUGUAGUACAGCACUUGUACCAUGUACAAUGAAGUUUAAGGAGAGUACACAUUGGACCAAUGAGGAUGUAUUUCAUUGCGUUUCUAAACUUCACAAUUCAGCUGUUUUUAUACAUGCAUUUAUGUGUAUAACAAUAUCACAAGUAAUAUUUUUGUACCUUGGUUUUUGCUAAUUUUAGAAUAUAUAAUCACCUCUGUUUAAAAAAGCCCAUAUGCUGCUUGUAUAUCAACACUGCUCAACAUGUAUAUGAGUGAUUUUCAUAUUUUCCUUUGUUGAUAAAAAAUAUAUAUACUACUGUACUUGAUGUGUUCUAUCCCUUUUCUUUUGAAUAUUUUUAUGGAAUAUUGGAAAUUCACCUACACACGUAUGUUCAUUGGUAGAUCCAGCUGGGUUAGGAACAAUACCAUUUCACUUGCCCUAUUGUUUGUGCACAAUAAGGUUUUUGGUGGUGAAAUUUGUUAUGUCUUAUCCAGCUGAAUCCGCUCCUGAUAUUGCAUUUUCUAAAAGUUUGGUGUGUAGUUAUUAAACGGUAUUGAUAGUGCAUUUCAAAAUCUUUCAGACAUUUUGAUCAAUGCAAAAACUCCUUGUGCAUUCCACCAUUUAUGCAAAUACCAACUUUUUUGUAAGAAAUCAGAGUGAACUGAUGAAUAAAAGUUUCCAGUGCUUCUAUGUUUGCAUGGCAAAGGGCUUUGAGGAAGGUGGUUACAUCUAUGGUUCAGUUAUUGUUGACAAAAGCAUAUUAUGAGUUAGAACAGGGGUGUCUGAGCAGAACUUCAACGAAAAUAAUCAAACUCGAUGAUUCAACUGCAAAGUCAUAUUUUUUAAAGAGCAAGUGAGAUAUUUUCUUAUGUAAUGAAGUUUUGCUCUGAUCAACAAUUUGAAAGAGCAAUUUCUGUUGAACCCUGAGAAAAACUAAAUAUGUCCGUCUGUUCUUCAGGAACAAAUUUUAGGUUAUGUGUAUAACUCCAUUGCCAUCUUGAGGCAUGGCCACCAUCAUCCUUUAAUUCUUUCCAGACUAUGAAAUGUAAUCAACCUUGUAUACAACUCUAAUUGAGUGGGAAUGAUUUGAAAACGAAUCCACUGCCAUCUACAAUUUCUCCCUUUCAAUUUAUUGUGGAAAAAGUCAAUCCUACAGUAAAUCUAAAAAUGAUUUUUUAUUUCUAUAUCAUUUUAGAUUCUCUCUUUAGUCUUGCGAAUCGGCCGAGUAACUCUUGUAAAAUGAAAGACAAUAUUGGACCAUCAUUUGAAUACUCAUGGCUAUUUUGCUGGUAUUUACUGUUUCACUCACUGUCCAACCAUGAGGCAAACUCUGCAUGCACCAUUCCACAAGAAGAAAUGCUAUCACCUUGAUGUUGGUUAUUUCUACCUUUUGAAUUUUGCGAGAGUACAUUUUAUCAAGAUAAUAUAUCGGGUAUAAAUCAAACACAGUGGGAUUAUUUACUGUUUUUUCUGUGUUUAAUCGUCCAUCCAAUAAGCUUUGAGGUUUUCGAACAUAUGACUUUGAUACUCUUAUCAUCCUUGCAUUGAAAUGUUUGUUGAAUAAUUUGCCAAUACAUAUCUAGGAAGGUCUUGUAUUAUGUGAACCUGCCCAUUACAGAAAGAGGCCAAAUCAAGUAUCUGACCACUCUGGAUGCAAUACUCUAAUUCAGAAGACCUAGAGCUAAUGUUUGCUGUAUGUAUGAAGACCAUGUCUUGGUGGUGUGAGCUAGCUUCAUCACAAAACCGAUAGACCAGACAGAAAUGUUUUUUUGGUUAUAUACUACAUUUAUAUAUAUGUAUUUUGUCCAGUGACUUCAGCACUUUUCCAUUGUAUAGGGCCUCAAAAACAGCAAAUACAGUGACUGAUAUCCUAUAAAUUUACAUCCUUCUCAGUAUUAUUUCCUAUUUAAAUGUUGUGCUUCGGAUGAUGAAUGUUUGAAGUAAGAAUUUGUUGAAUUUUUCAUUUUGUUAUAAUUGAUCAAGAUUGAAAAGCCUUACAUGUAAAUAGUGGUUCAUCUUUGAUGAAUCUUGAAUUUGGUGUCUGAAAUAUUUGUAGUUAAGAGUCAUUUGGGGCUCAUGCUUUUCUUGUAGUUUGUCUUCUUUUGAUAUUCUAUGUGUAGAUGCUGCUAUUCAAACAUACGGAUGUAAUUUGAUUAUACAACUCAUUUUGACAAAAAAGUGAUUGUGUGGCACCCUCUCUCUCCCUUGAUUGAUUGCAUUUUGGAGGAGGGUCUAUGGUAUUGAUGGAUCAUAUUAGGUAACCUAAUUUUUUUUACAAUGAACAAGGGAGAGGGAAUAUACCAGUAAAAAAAUAAUUUCUUGCAUAAAAUUGACAAUCCAUUUUAUUAAGCUAUAUAUCACAUAUUCCAUGGACUCAGUACUUUUAAGCCCACUAGUACUUCUUUGGUGUAACAUUUGUGAUUAAUUUUCCCCUCUUCCUCUAUUGAUUUUGUUAAUGAAAAUAGUUGCAUGGAUUUCUGUUAUUCUCCCUUCAGCAGUCAGCUCAGAAGAUCUUAACUAAACACAACAGAAGAGAAUGAACUCUCCUUAAUAGCAGUUGAUAUUUACAAUGAAAUGGUUUGGGCAAAAUAAUCUAGGAGUGAUUUUACAUCAGUAAUAAACUUCUAUGUGGAAAUAAGAUUACUGCGAUGUGGCAUAUAUGAUUGGGCAAAUUUUAAAUGCAAAUUUGUUGCAAUUUGAAUUAUGACUCACAAAAAAAAAAUUUUUUUUUUUGGGGGGGGGGACAAGGCACUGCUGAUUUAUAAAAUUUAUUUUUCAAGUAUGGUAAGAACAUGAAAGUUGUAGCAAUGGCAUGAUUGCUGCAAAGGUCUUUAGGGCUGGUCACACCGUCUGAACUUUGUUGGAGCGUUCCUUGAACAGUAGGAAGAGGAGGCCGAAUUUCGACAACGCUUUAAUGUACACUGUUCCACCAAUCCUGUGUCUGCUCGUAAAACGCUUAAAACCUCCUCCAAAGUUUGUGCAACGUUUAAUUACUACCUGGGCAAAGCAGCAUUGGUCUGACAGCGUUCAGGAUUCUUGUGGACCCAAGAGUCCACAAACUUUCAUCUAGCGGUGCCAAAUUUUGACUGGGUGUUGUUGGAGCAUUGGUGAACUUUGCCGGAGUGGGAAAUGCCUACUCCUCAUCGCUCACAACAUUUUGUACAGCCCAAAACUUUCAGAGCGCUAGCAGGGACCAUCAGCGGUGGCCGAGUGUAUGUGGCAUUGCCUUAACAGGGGCCAACACCGCUCCAGGAAUGCUCCAACAAUGUUUUGGCGGUAUGACCAGGCCUUCAGCUGUUAUGGAUUUAGAUCUUUUAUGAAAGUAAUAUAGAAAACCUGUUUAUUCCUGGGUAAAAUAUAACUUUUUUGGGGGGUGGGGAGGGGGCUAUCAUAAAGUGUGGUACCUUUUGAAUCGUUUUGCCCAAAUUUAUUUCAUUAAAUAGUAAUGGCAUAAUGAGAAUUGAGGGGAAGUUUCCUUUAUUUGUUUUGAAGGGAAUUUAUUCACUCCUUCAUGAAGAAUUGAUACAUAGAGUUUGUACUGCCAAUAUUUCAUACUAUAACUUAUAGCACUGUACAUGUGGUUGUGCUCCUAAUGCAACUUAAUAUAUUAUUUUAAUGUUGUUUAAACCUAAUGUUCUAUUUACUAAAGUUUGAUUAUGUUUUACAGUAAUAGUUUAUUCAUUUCAAAAUAAAUGCAUGUAUAUCAUAUUUAUCUAAUUAUUUAUCAAACUUGGCUAUCUAUAUGGCAUUUAUUUACUGACCUUAUUGAAAUUCAAAAUUCAUGAAUUGAAAAGUUAUUUUCUUUUUCAUGCUUGUUUCCAAUUCAUUUUCCAACCACAAAAUUUAACAUGUCUGUUCUAUGUGUAUUUAUUCAUAAUAAAAAAAAUAUUACAGUAUCAAAACAAAUGUAUGGGGGGGGGGCGUUUCAUCAAUAAUUUCAUCUGACAAGUUGUCAGAUCUGACAACUUUCCUGGAUUCUGAUUGGUUGAGAAGCACUUUUACUAUAGUAACUGUCGGAUAAAACAGGACUUGUCAGAUAAAACGUCCGAGAAGUCCUUUCAUGAAAUGCUCCCCAGUUGUAAACCUCACUGAUGUGGACCUGUUUUGGCGUCUACCCUUUCAAAGUUCUCAUAUACCAAGCACAUUGGGUAUCCCUCAUGUAAUAUGCAGCAAAUUUUGAUGGCAGAAAGUAAAUAAGCUAUAGUCUCACAAUGUUAGUAAACUAUGUCAUUCAUAAUACAGGAUGACAUUUCGGUUUUUGUACAGCAUAUCUUCAUUAUGCAUGCUUUAUCCCCUCUAAAUUGGACGUGUUCACACAUACAACGAUGUGGCUUUGAUGUACAUAUGUUGAAUACACUCCCCUUAGUUAUUCAUUCUGAGUGUGGAAUGUUGUCAGUUUCUGUUCUUUUUACCUCUGUCUCAUGUUUCUUAACGUUUUGGAAAUAAGCAUGUCUCUGUCUCAUGUUUCUGAACGUUUUGGAAAUAAGCAUGUCUUGCAAUAAAAGCAUUCACUCUUGAAAAAACAUGA